UGACCCGGGGCCCGUCACGUGACCCAGCCGCGGGCUUGGCGCCCGCAGGGAUGGAGCCGGAAGAGGGGACGCCGCUGUGGCGGCUGCAGAAGCUGCCGGCGGAGCUGGGCCCGCAGCUUCUUCACAAAAUAAUUGAUGGCAUUUGUGGCCGAGCUUAUCCUCUCUACCAGGAUUAUAACAGUAUUUGGGAAUCAAAAGAAUGGAAGAGUGUUCUAGAAGAUGUUACGAAAUUUUUCAAAGCGGUAGUUGGUAAAAAUUUAUCUGAUGAAGAGAUAUUUCAGCAGUUGAAUCAGUUGAACUCAUGCCAUCAAGAAGCGAUCAUGAAAUGCUUGAAAAGUAGGAAAGAUGAGAUCAAGCAGGCUCUGUUAGGAGAAAUAGUUGAUAUUUCCUCUGCACAACUACAGAAUUUUGAUUGGCAGUUAAAGCUUGCACUUUCUAGUGACAAGAUUGCUGCAUUACAAAUGCCACUUUUACAUCUUCAUCUAGAUGUAAAAGAAAAUGGUGAAGUAAAACCGUAUUCUGUUGAAAUGAGUAAAGAAGAGCUGCAGAAGCUAAUAAAUUUCCUUGGAAGCAGCUAAUAAGGUGGUCCUGCAGUUGAAAUAACUGGAAAUGACGAACACCAGCGCUAUCAGAUUUUUCACCGCUGCAGUGGAUACGGCAGAGAAUGCCGUGUGUUCAGAAACCCCGCGACAUCUGGACUGCUGCACCGGCCUGGGGAAGCAGCAGUGUUGCAACUACAGAGAUACAAAUUCAUCAGUAUCUCUGAAGAACAGGAAAUUACAUGGCUGACAGGAAAUGCAUAAAAUGAAAGACGAAAAAUCUAUAGUAGCUGUUUAUAUUUUCAUAAAGAUUGUUUUGCCUCAUCUGUUAAAUAUUCGCAAGAUCUUUGUAGAUACUUUUAUUGAAAAGCAAAAAAUAGGUUCUAAAGUAAUGUAAGCACACAAAGCACAGAUAUACUUGAAUAUUGCUUGAAUUAUGUGAAUAGCAAGGACAUAUGGAUAUAUAAUUUGUGAUAUUUUAACUUUGUAAAAGAAUGUAUCAGCUGCAUAUGUAACUCAGGAGAUUACAUAUCUUUCUCAUAUUUCAAAGGAAUGAUUAUAAAAUUAAAAUGUCUUAGAGAACAGCUCUUCAUCAGACAUGAACAAGGAAAAAUGCCCCAAAUUUGUACGAAUAAUCUUGAGUUUAUGAAUUCUAGAAAUGGAAAUCUAGACUGUGGAAAGAUGAAAAUAACACGUUACUUUUGCAUCUCUGUGUCUGAUUGGGAGACUAUGCUCUGAUAAAAAGAAAAUAUGUCAUUGUAUAGUGUAUAUAUUCAGAUAGCAAAUAAGACUGCUUACAGGUUCAUUUUUGUUAUAAGCUCUUAAUAUUGAAUUUAACACUUUUGGAUAUUAACACAUUCAUUGGAAAACCAUUUUUAGCCUCAGUUAACUUUAAAAACAAGCAUUCUGGACAAAUAAAAACGUCUUAUUUUAUUUUUA